UUAACAUCAACACCCCCCUCUCUCUCUCUCUUCUUAGAAACCAAACACUCCUCUCACGGUCUCCUCAUCUCUCUCCGCUCCAACCAAAAUUCGUAAACCGUGGACCAUGGUCUUCGUUUUCUCUUUAUCCUCCUGAGAAUGCCAACCAGAAUAGGAUCUUGUGAUGAUCCUACGCCGUCGCUGUUUCUGGAUUUCUAAUUGAUUGUUCCUUUUUAUCUCUCUAUUUAUUUAUUUAUUUAUUUAUUUUUCUCUAUUUCCCUUUCGUGAAUCUGCUCCCAUGGGCUCCAUCUUGGCUGAGGGCAGUCGCCCAGAGACUGCCGAUUUCUUGAUUGCUGUCUUCUUCGCCCUUGUUUUAUUCUGCGCUCGGUUCAUCCUUGACACCUUUAUUUACCAGCCGCUGUCUGUUCAAUUUGUUUGUGGCAGAUUUAUUCCUGCAAAGAUUGAUGAAGCAAAACGGGCAAAGAUUAUUAAGUGUUGUGAGUCGCUAUGGAAGUUGACGUAUUAUAUUUCUGUCCAAUUAUGGGUUUUUUCCAUUAUGAAAGAGGGGCCUUCGCCACUGAAUACAAAGGCAUACCUUGAUGGUUGGCCAAAUCAAGAACUGAAGGUUUCCGUGAAGCUUUUCUACAUGUGUCAGUGUGGAUUUUAUCUCUAUAGCAUUGGGGCUCUACUUAUAUGGGAAACUCGAAGGAAAGAUUUUGGCAUCAUGAUGUCUCAUCAUAUUAUAACCUCUCUCUUGAUUGGGUACUCUUUCUUGACCAGUUUUUUCCGAAUUGGAUCUGUGAUCCUUGCAUUGCACGAUGCGAGUGAUGUCUUCAUGGAAACUGCCAAAGUGUUCAAAUACUCAGAGAAGGAGUUAGCAGCUAGUGUUUGCUUUGGGCUUUUUGCUAUUUCAUGGUUGUUAUUGCGGUUAAUAUUCUUCCCAUUCUGGAUAAUCAAGACAUCAAGCUAUCAUUCUUUUCAGUACUUGAAGUCACCUGAGGGUUUCCCAAGAACUUUGUACUAUGGUGUCAAUACAAUGCUUCUAAGCCUGCUCAUAUUUCACAUUUACUGGUGGGUUUUGAUCUGCUCAAUGAUCAAGAGGCAGUUGAGUAACAAAGGACAGGUGGGAGAGGAUAUUCGAUCAGAUUCUGAAGGUGAUGAUUGAUCCAGCACUACUCAUAAUUAUGGCGUUGGAGAAUGAAGUCUUUGUCUGCACAUCUGCGCUUCCAUUUUUGCAAUAACUUGAUAUUACUAACAGACAUGGAAAGUGGUUUUAGAAAUUUUACGAGUCUAC